CGCACGCAGGGACGUGCACACACAGGCACGGACACGCACACAAACACACGCGCGCACAGGCGGAGUGCGGCGGGAAGAUGUCGCACCAGGGCAAGAAGAGCAUCCCCCGCAUCACGAGCGACCAGCUUCUAAUCAAAGGAGGAAAAAUUGUCAACGAUGAUCAGUCAUUUUAUGCAGACAUUUAUGUGGAAGAUGGUUUAAUAAAACAAAUUGGAGAUAACCUGAUUGUUCCUGGUGGUGCCAAGACAAUUGAUGCCUAUGGCCAGAUCGUGAUGCCCGGGGGGAUAGAUGUCCAUACCAGACUGCAGAUGCCCGUCAUGGGGAUGACCUCUGCUGAUGACUUCUACCAAGGCACGAAGGCAGCCCUGGCAGGAGGGACCACAAUGAUCAUUGACCACGUCUGCGCGGACGCCGGGACCGGCCUCCUGGCUGCCUACGAGCAGUGGCGCGGGACCGCCGACAGCCAGGCCUGCUGCGACUACUCCCUGCACAUCGACAUCCCUCGCUGGCACGACAGCCUGAAGGAGGAACUGGAAGCCCUGGUGAAGGACAAGGGUGUGAACUCCUUCCUGGUUUUUAUGGCCUACAAAGACAAACUGCAGUGCACCGAUGCCCAGAUGUACGAAAUAUUCUGCAUUAUUCGAGACCUGGGGGCCAUUGCCCAAGUGCACGCUGAAAACGGAGACAUCAUCGAUGAGGAGCAAAAGAGGCUGCUGGAACUCGGGAUUACAGGGCCAGAAGGGCACGUCCUCAGCCGCCCCGAGGAGGUGGAAGCGGAGGCGGUGUACCGUGCGAUUACCAUCGCGAAACAAGCCAACUGCCCCUUGUACGUCACCAAAGUAAUGAGCAGAGGUGCAGCAGAUGUGUUAGCUCAAGCAAAGAGAAAAGGCACGGUUGUGUACGGAGAACCCAUCGCCGCCAGCCUGGGCACCGACGGGUCGCACUACUGGAGUAAAAACUGGGCCAAAGCUGCAGCCUUCGUCACGUCUCCCCCCAUCAGCCCGGACCCCACCACGCCGGAUCACCUCACCUCCCUCUUGUCCUGCGGGGACCUGCAGGUUGCGGGCAGCGCUCACUGCACCUUCACCACCGCGCAGAAGGCAGUGGGGAAGGACAACUUCACCCUCAUCCCCGAGGGAACCAACGGCAUCGAAGAGCGGAUGGCGAUAAUUUGGGAAAAGUGUGUGGUCUCCGGGAAGAUGGACGAGAACGAUUUUGUAGCGGUGACCAGUACCAAUGCUGCCAAGAUCUUCAACUGCUACCCCAGGAAGGGACGCGUCGCCGUGGGCGCUGACGCAGACCUGGUUUUGUGGAACCCCAAGGCUACAAAAAUCAUCUCGGCAAAAACCCACAAUCUGAACGUGGAGUACAACAUAUUUGAAGGGACAGAGUGCCACGGGGUUCCUACCGUGGUCAUAAGUCAAGGAAAAGUUGUUCUUGAAGAUGGAAACCUGUUUGUCACCCAGGGGUCAGGUCGCUUCAUUCCUAGAAAGACAUUCCCUGAUUUCGUUUAUAAAAGGAUAAAGGCAAGAAACAGGCUGGCCGAAGUCCACGGCGUCCCCAGAGGGCUGUACGACGGGCCGGUCCACGACGUCCUCGCCAACACCAAAGCCGUGGCCCCCACCUCAGCGUCCAGGAUGGUGCCCUGUGCGGGCAAAGCCCAGGCUCCUCCCGUGCGCAACCUCCAUCAGUCGGGGUUCAGCUUGUCUGGCUCGCAGGCAGACGACCACAUUGCCAGACGCACGGCUCAGAAAAUCAUCGCCCCGCCGGGUGGACGGUCCAACAUCACCUCGCUGUCCUGACGGCCCCAUGCCAGCGGGGCAGCCCGGGGGCUGCGCUCUGCCCCCGCACCACCGGCGUGCCGGCAUGUCUGUCCCUGCCGUAGCCGCUGCCAGGGCGUGCUUGGGUCCCUCCGGGGCCGCGUCCAGCCGGGAAGGGGACGGUGGGUCGCCCUCAAGGUCAGGAUGAAAAUCGAGCAUUUGUCAGCUGCCCCAGCCCCUUCUUCUCGUAGGUAGAAAAUAGAGUAGCCCUCCCGAGAGGUAGCGCUCCCAUCUCCAUCCCUCCCCGUCUGUAUUUGUUCAGUAGCCACGCGGAAAGCCCUUACCUUGUGCAUGCGGGCAUCUAGACGUCCCCGUGGCAGCACGCUCAGCCGUGCUGCUGCCUGGCGUGUGGCCGGGACGAACGUGAAGGUGCGUUUUGGCUGGAAUGCGCUCCUUUCUAGUAGCAUCGACUGCCCUUUCUACUUUUGACUUUUAACCGAAGGACUUCUAACCGAUAAACACUCCUGAAUCUGUAUGGUUUUAACACGGUGAGUUGCAUCUCCUCCGUUUGCAGCCUCCCCCAGCAGAUCUCUGCCCAUCUCCGUGCGCAGCCCUGGCCACGCUCCGGGACUCACCGUCACCGUGCCCGAGAGCCAGCGUGGCUGUGCAGGACGGCGGCGCGUCCAUCUGUCCCUGCCCUGGUCCCAGCGUCGAUGGGGCGGUGCAGACACCCUGCAUUCCGGGGCAGGAUGGGUGCUGGCUGCUCCUGGCACCCCAGUGCCGUGGCAGACGUGCGGGGGGCUGCAGUCUUUCUGUUAGGCUUGUUUUUUAAAGGUUAUUUAUACAGUUUUUCAAGAACCAAGUGUAAGUCUUAUAACCAAUAACAAGGCUCGUUUGAAGGCCAGUUGCAUAUGACAAACUCUUUUAUAAAGGUUAUUAUAGCCCGUUUAUUAUAUUUAAAGGUAUGUACAGUAAAGGUGAACCUCUACGCCACAAAGCUAUGCAUGU